AUGCCACUCAUACCCGCCCACAUUCUAACUAUGGCGCCUUUCAUGAUGAGCUUUGCCGCGCGUGAUCUCGCUUCCCAAGUAGGGAGUGAGUGUACCCGUAAAAAGAUUAGAGGAACCGCUGUCCAACUAGAUCAGGGCGAACGGCUGGAACUGCUUCAGUACGAGUGUACUGCCGAUGGCAAAACUGUGGUGUGUCGUCCUGUCGAGCGAUUUUACCGAAGAUUUCAGACUGGAAAAAAAAGCUGGAUGAUCGAAACUACGGCAUGGGAAAAUCCAACUGAUGGUGGCACCAAAACAUAA